AUGCUAUCCUCCUCCUCCGAAUCGACAUCAAGAAAGCCACUUGACAGUAGUUGGAGGAACAGACGAGACAUGUCUGAAGGGUCCAGUUGGCGAGGUGGGAAUACUGUGAGUAGGGGGAGCUGGCGAGGAGGCAAAGCCCAGUACCAACGCGGGGGCUGGGUAGGAGGAAGCUCCGGAGCUGCCACAAGUUGGAGAGGGGGGCGGUCCAAUAGGCAUGGCGAACCGUCACAUUCUCGCCGUAUCUGCGAGUUUUUCCAACGCGGCCGGUGCGCGUAUGGGGAGAGCUGCAAGUUUGAGCACCCUUCCAGGACACCAACAGACGGGGUGACCACUGCUCUUUCCUUCAGCAGCCUAGCUCCAAGCCAGUUGGAGAGUACAGCCCGAGACCACUACUUGAGCUUCAAGCGACAGGUCAAACGAACGUCAGGGAACUUUGUGGAAACUUGGGCACUUGCCGCUUCGGUACUCGAUGGUCCUCUUCGUGAACGACAUCAAGCAAUUGCCCGUGAUCUUGUGGAUGAUGAUCUCGGCGGACCAGGCUUCAUCUUGCACACGAUAGAGGCUUGCAUGGAUCGGCAUGAUGAAAUCCCCCAGCUUCCUUUGGCCGAGGCGUUUCUCAAGACUAUCACGCACAAAUCACUAGUGACGCCACUUUCCAUCGAGUCGUAUGUCAGCACCAUCUAUCGAAUUCUCGGGGGGGUCAGCGGAAAACGGGGUCUUGCUUGCUUCAGGAGCAUUUUGACGAUUGUCUCGCCCAAGGAAAGCAACUACACCGCGAUCCUAGCUUUGAUCGCCACUGGACUUCGCGAGCUUCUCUCAAGAGAGAUGCGAAUCCUGUUGAACGAUAACCUCUCUUCUGUGCUCGAGAUGUUGGGCGACUCCAUCGAUGUCCUAAAGGACACUUCGACUUCCGUUGAACUUCAAGUCGCCAAGGUCCAAGUCAAGUCCAUCAUGAGAAUGGAACAAGUCGUCCGCCUACGCCAUUCUGACCCAUCCGUGGAUCCUAGGACAGAAACACGGGCUGUUGACCCGACUCGUUCGACCUUCCCUAAGUUGAUCGUGAUCCCUGGAGGCAAUCAUGAUAAUGACUGUCCCGACAUUACAAGGAUCCAGAUAUUUCCCACUCUUGAGGAGAUUCAAAGCGACCAUGUGGAAUUUCUACCAAGCACAGACUUUUCCGAGCCCCAUUUCUACGACGAUCCUGUCCAACGCCACAUCGAUACUGCAUUUCGUCUUCUCCGACAUGACAUUUUCGGCCCAAUGAAGGAGGCCCUGCGGCCUUUAACACAGGGUCUCCAUUCUAAAGACGCCGAAGCUGCGUUCUCCGCAAUCAGCUCCAGUCUCAGGGCGCAUUUAUAUUCAGGAGCCACAGUCGAGCAACUUUUCAUCCGCCCAGGAUCCGGGCUUGAGGCCGUCUUGUCCUUUUCUCCGCUACCACAGCUUCGCUCUCGGAGCAAAGCAGAAUGCCGUCGAUGGUGGAAGGACUCGUCCCGCCUUCAACCUGGAGGUCUUGUCUGCUUGGUUACUUCUGACGACCCUCACGACCCUUGCAUGUUUAUGUUUGUGGUUACGGAGAAACGUGUGGAUGAUGUUGAAGAUGAAAAAUUGCAGUUCUCACUUGUCUCGCAGAGGCGAAAUCCCUCGGUAUCAGUCAAACUGGUGUCUCGAGAUGAACGUACCCUUUCACUUCUCAGCCAAGCUUUCAUCACGAAAAGAACUGGUGCGGUUGUCGACUUUCCUGGGAUCAUUCCUGAGACCUUUGUGCCGAUUCUCAAAAACUUGCAACAUAUGAUGGAAGAUGGCCACAUGCCUUUCUCACAGUGGGUCUUGCCAUCGUCCAAGCUUAACAUAGCCAAGCGACAAGAAACUAUGGAUGUUCCUCCCCCUCUGUACGCCAGAAAGCCAGGGUUCUCGUUUGAUUUGAGCCCAAUCAUCCCCAGAGCAGUGGACUGCCUUGCGUUCAACCCGGCCCACCCCGAUGACAUCAACCUCCAGCAUCUUGAGGCGAGAACUGGGCUCGAUGAGGGACAGUGCCAAGCACUCAUCCAUGCUCUCAGUCGAGAAUACGCUCUUAUCCAAGGUCCACCGGGAACAGGAAAGUCUUAUGUUGGAGUGCAGCUCCUGAGAGUUCUGUUACAACACAAGUGGUCUGCCGCGUUAGGGCCGAUAAUUGUCAUAUGUUAUACAAACCAUGCAUUGGACCAGUUUCUGAAACAUCUCCUGCAUGUCGGAAUUGAGAGCAUCAUUCGCAUUGGUGGCCAGUGUCGCACUGAAGAGCUUGCCGGCAAGAACCUCCGAGUUGUGAGCAGACACGAGCCUAAAACGUCUGGUGAAAGCUAUCAGCUGGGCUCGAACUUUGGGUCAAUCAAGGAAGAGCUAGACUGUGCCGAAAACUACCUUCACCGAAUCAGGAUGGCUAGAAGAAGGCGUGUUGACCAGAAAGGCGUUUCGACGUAUUUGGCAGAAUAUCACCCCAGCAUUGCUGCUCAGCUUCUAGGAGAGGAUGCCGAAGGAUUCACAACGGUUGGCAACGACCCGAUUGAUGUCUGGCUGGGGAGAGAGGACAAUCCAUGGAUUCGGCGCCAGCAUGGGGAUGAAGAGCUCGAUAUUGUGUCACUGGAACAACGCGCCGAACACAAUGUUUGGUCCCUUGGGAAACAAGAGCGCUGGGCCCUGGCAGAGAGUUGGCUUUCAAGAAUCGUCAAUGGCGCCAAUGACCAUCUGUUUUAUCAUCUUGACGCGGUGAAGGACGCCGAGGAGGCUAUCAACAGCGUUCACGCGGAUGUGAACAGUCGAAUACUGGAGGAGGCCGAUGUGAUCGGCAUCACGACAACAGGGCUAGCCAAGAACAUCGCCAUGCUGCGCGGUAUUGGCGCUAAAGUGGUUAUCUGCGAAGAGGCAGCCGAGGUUAUGGAACCUCACCUCAUUUCCGCCAUGAUGCCUGGGAUUGAGCACUUCAUUCAGAUUGGCGACCAUCGACAGUUGCGGCCCCAGAUCAACAAUUACGGUUUCAGUGUGGAAACUACAAGAGGCAAAAAAUUUCAGCUUGAUCGCAGCCAGUUUGAACGUCGGGCCGAGGGGGAGCCGGGCCUGGCUCCCCUUCCCGUCGCACAACUGAAUGUGCAGCGAAGAAUGAGGCCUGAGAUUUCGUCACUGAUCCGAACAGUGUAUCCAGAUUUGAAGGACCAUGACUGUGUUCAGAACUUCCCAGGGGUAACAGGGAUGCGAGAGCAUUUGUUUUGGCUCGAUCACCAACAUCCUGAAGAUGGCAGAUACGAUGGCGCGAAGGUGAAAUCACACAGCAACUCUUGGGAAGUCUCCAUGUCAACAGCCUUGGUCCGUCACCUCGUACGACAGGGAGAGUACAAAAGCACAGACAUUGCACUCUUGACGCCCUACACUGGCCAGCUCCAGAAGCUUAGGGUUGCGUUGAGCGGCGAUUUCGAGGUCUUCCUCAGCGAUCGUGACCUCGAGAAGUUGGCAGACGAUGGCUUUGGACAUGCUGAUGGAGUCGAGUCCGACUCGGUCGGCUCAGUCGAUGACGCCCCGAGAAUUGAGCACAACCGAGGCAGGAUGUUGCAGAAGACAGCGUUGGUUGAUGCUAUCCGGCUUGCCACAGUGGACAACUUCCAGGGAGAAGAGGCUAAGGUGAUCAUUGUGUCACUGGUUCGCAGCAACAGCAACAACGAAAUUGGCUUCCUCCGAACAGAGAAUCGUGUCAACGUACUCCUCAGUCGAGCCCAACAUGGGAUGUAUCUUAUCGGCAACAUGAGAACCUACCGAGGGGUCAACAUUUGGGACGACGUCUACCAACAGCUUGCAGAGAGGGGUGCGGUAGGGGAUUCGAUUGCGCUUUGUUGUCCUCGACAUCCUGAUAUCCCGAUCGAGUGCUCCAAUCCUGACGACUUUCUUAGACGCAGCCCGGAAGGGGGCUGCACUCUUCGAUGCGAUCAGCGUCUUGACUCAUGCGGCCAUCGUUGUCCGGCAAUGUGCCAUUCACAGGCACUCCACGACGUCUUCAGCUGCACACAGCCAUGUCCCCGUAUCCGAACAACAUGUCGACACGCCUGCCCAAAGCUCUGUGGCGAGGACUGCGGUCCUUGUCAUGUCACGGUCACGGACGUUGAACUUCCCUGUGGCCACAUCGCUGAUGAGGUGGAAUGUUGUCAGACACUUCAUCCGGAAAAGAUCAGAUGUUUGCACCCUACGACAAAGAUCGUCCCUGCUUGUCAGCACAAGGUGAAGGUACCAUGCGAGAGGGAUGUGUCUCAGUACUAUCGCUGCCCAGCACCUUGUGAGGCGACCUUGGCCUGUGGGGAUAGAUGUACUGGUCAGUGUGGCACGUGUCAGCGCUCCCAUAAAGAAUGUCAGAGGAUCUGUAGGCUUCCAUCGUCAACCUGCAAUCAUCUCUGCGCUAGAAAGUGUCAUAGCGGAGAGCUGUGUGGAAGCUGCCGUCAGCCAUGCCAAGUACGAUGCCCCCAUUCUUCUUGUUCCCAGCCUUGCCACAAGCCCUGUGCCCCUUGCAUCGAAAAAUGCGGCUGGGCUUGCGAGCACAUGGGACAAUGCUCGCUACCAUGUGCUGCACCAUGCGACCGUCUGCCAUGUGACAAGCGAUGCUCAAGAAAGCUCAAGUGCGGGCAUCAGUGUCCUAGCUUCUGCGGAGAAGAGUGCCCAGAGGAUCUGUGUCAGCUGUGCUGUCAAGACGAACGGAGGCAACGUCGUGUUGAUGUUCUCGAGUGGAAGUUGUAUCGCGAAGUUGAUCUUGACGACAGUCCAAUCGUUGUUCUCAGUUGUGGUCACUUCUUUACAGGCGAGACGCUGGACGGCUCGCUAGGAAUGACCCAAGUAUACACCACAAAUUCGAACGGUGAAUACAACGGACUUCGAGAUAUCGCAGGCACCUUGUCCACAUCUGGGGUGCCUUCAUGCCCGGAUUGCCGCAUCCCCAUCCGUCAAUUCGCCACCAGACGUUACAACCGGGUGGUGAACAAGGCGGUGAUGGAUGAAACGAUCAAGCGAUUCUUCGUAGAUGGUCGUCGACGCCUCCAAGAACUCCAGCAAAGACUGGCUGCAGCAACAGCCAAGCUAUCCUUGGACAACAUCCCGGAGUGGGAUGAUACAGUCCCUGGGUCCGGUGCUUCGUCGGUCCUCCGCGACAGGUACCUUGAGCUACACCGCAUCAACUUGACACUGCAAAUGGUAAAGCGACAGAUGGACACGGAACAUCAACCGGCCAAAAAGCUGUUUGACGCCAUCGUCAGCUCUCGACGUCGCCAGCUGAAGACAUUGUCCAUGGAACAGAGAUUGCCUGAGCUCAGCUUGACUGGACCACCUCCGGCGUACAACUCCCAAGUUCUCCUUGAGGCUGAGGCACUCCACUUGCAAGUUCGGGCGGCAAUUCUCCAAGACAAGAUGAGGAUCGCGGCCAAGGUUCCUGAAUUGCAAGAAGGUCUCAAGAAUGCUGAUCGCCCUGGGGCUGAUGUGCCAGGACUUAUGAAUGAUUGUAUGGAGGGCAUCAAGAAGUCGAGGGAGUGGAAGCUUCCACGGCUUGUGAUCUCCCUCAGCCAGCUUUACGCACAAACCAGCCAGCUGGCUGGUCGAUAUUCUGCGCAGUACAGAGCUCGUACUGUUGAGUGGAGUGAUUACGGUGCUACUGCUGGAGAACUGCUGAUCGAGGCGCUGCAGCUUUGUGGGACGUUUGAGGAUGGCGAGAGUUUUAGGGAGGAUGUUCAAGAGGCGCUGAAGGCUUUGAAGUCAACGAGAUACGAGAAGGUCAGCAGGGAGGAGGUCAAGGCUAUCAAGUUGGCUAUGGUGAGUGGGUUUGGGGGGAUGAGUACGAAUUCGGGACACUGGUAUAAUUGUCAGAAUGGGCAUCCGUUUGCUAUUGGUGAAUGCGGGAUGCCCAUGGAGGUGGCCCGCUGUCCGGAGUGUGGAGCUAGGAUUGGGGGCUUGGAUCACGAGCUGGUGCAUGGGGUGUCGCGGGCGGAGGGGAUGGAGUAAAAUGUGCAAUAACAUAUCGAUGCCAUGUUACGUUAUGUAUGAUGUGGGUUUCCUUUUUCUAUCUUAUUGUUUUCUUUGUCUUUGCUUUUGGUUCCACCUUAACAGAUAUGGGGAUUCUUCUAGAUAGCUAUCUUGUCAGAUCAAUGUCACCCCUGAAUACCCCUGAUCACCCU